AUGCCCAUCCCUCGCCACAUGCGCUAUGUGCAGGGAGAUCUGGAGCCAGAGGAGCAGCAGCGGAUGAUCAAGGAGGCGACGGAGAAGUUGAAGAGCGACAACGACGAAGACAUGUGCAUGGCGGCGGAGAGUCUGUACCACAUGACUUCCUUCACCUCUGGCGUCUCCAUCGAUAACCACAACGCCAUGACGGAUUAUGACAAGGCUGUCUUCCUGGGGAAAGAAUCUUCAUCAACGGGCGAGAACGAGGCAGAGCAAAAUGGGCCUGUACAUGUUGACGGCAGGAGGUACAUGAUGGGAGACGGAUUCAUGCUGAUGGAGGACUCAACUGAGGAGGGAGCGAAAGCAGACAAGCAUGCCAGGAGGGUGGCCGUAAUGCACUCAAGGAGUUGUAUAGACAACAGAGUCGUCAUCGGAAAGGUGGAAGGGAUCUUUGAAGACUUGGUGAAUGUGAUGAGAAGAGGUUCGGCGCAAGCUCGGUUUGAGGCGUGUCGAGCUGCAUCUCAAGUGAUCUCUCUGACCCAGAACGCAAGAGGUGUAUGUGACACGUUCAAGAUUGCUUUCAGGAACAAUGAGAACAAGGUUGCUCUUGCCAACGUCCCGGGGGUCCUCGAAGCGAUUAGGGAAGUCCUGCAACAGGCGUACGAGGACAAAGAUCAGAAGUGUAUCACGCAAGCAUGCAGAGUGCUAGGGGGCAUCGUAUCAGGAAACAGACAACUGCAUGAAGCCAUCGCCAAGGACGAGAAGUUGAUCGGCAUGUUGCGCUCGUUCCUAGAGCAAGGGGACGAGGAGGCUUCGGGGCAGGCAGGGAAGGUUCUCAACUGUGUAUCAGCUCAUAUCCCGCUAUGA